GGUCCAGCGGGGGGCAGUGCGCGUGAGUGAGAGCAGCGAGGAUCGCGGAGACUGCGCCGGCUGAGAGUUAGGAAACGUGGCCUUGAGAGAGAUUCCAGCUCAGCUCAAUGAGAAGCGCACUCAGCGGACACUCUCAGCGAAUCUGUAUUUCAGGCUCGCAGUGUUUAAAGGCGCGGAAACAUGGCUGAUGUGGAGCAGAACGCAGCCGGUAACGGGUCGGAUGCGGUGAACGGGACCGCGGGCCGCUUCGUGUCCAGCGCCGAGGGUAUCGCGCUGGCGUACGGCAGCCUGCUGCUCAUGGCCCUGCUGCCCAUCUUCUUCGGAGCGCUCAAGUCCGUGGGCUGCUCCAAGAGCAAGAUUUUCUCGCAAGAGUACAUUAACUUGCUGUUAUCCAUGUAUUUCUUCGUGCUGGGAGUAUUAGCGCUGUCUCACACAAUGAGUCCCUUUAUGUGCAGAGUUUUCCCUGCUAACGUGCCAAAUAAGCAGUACCAGCUGCUGUUCACCCAGGGCUCAGGAGAAAGCAAAGAGGAGAUCGUCAACUAUGAGUUUGACACUAAGGAUCUGAUAUGCUUGGGAAUCAGCAGUGUGGUAGGGGUCUGGUACGUCCUCAAAAAGCAUUGGAUAGCCAAUAACCUGUUUGGUCUGGCUUUUGCCCUGAAUGGAGUUGAGUUGCUCCACCUCAAUAACGUCAGCACUGGAUGCAUCCUGCUGGGCGGUCUGUUCGUUUACGAUGUGUUCUGGGUUUUUGGCACCAAUGUUAUGGUGACAGUUGCCAAGUCCUUCGAAGCCCCAAUUAAGUUGGUUUUCCCACAAGACUUGCUGGAGAAAGGUUUGGAUGCCAGAAACUUUGCCAUGUUGGGACUGGGGGACAUUGUCAUUCCAGGAAUCUUCAUUGCUCUGCUCCUGCGCUUUGAUGUUAGUUUGAAGAAGAACACUCGAACUUACUUCUACACCAGUUUCCUGGCUUACAUCUUUGGCCUGGGUCUUACCAUAUUCAUUAUGCAUACCUUUAAACACGCUCAGCCUGCUUUGCUGUACCUGGUCCCUGCUUGUGUUGGAUUUCCAGUGCUGCUGGCCCUGUUUAAAGGAGAACUGACUGAGAUGUUCAGCUAUGAGUCGUCAGACGAGGUUUUGCCCCACACGCCGCGGCUCACUCAUUUCCCCACUGUGUCUGGCUCUCCGGCUAGUCUGGCUAACUCCAUGCAGAGUUUUGGCCUGUUGACCCCCCGCAGCCGCCGGCACACACCCUCUGACAUAUACGAAGAGUCUUUACCAGAGGAGGCGUCAUCGAAAGAGGGAGUAACAGAAUCUGAUAAAGACAAAUAAAAAUGCGGGUUGAGCCCUUAGUCAUGUCCUACAUUUGUUUGUCCUAGUGAUGUGGUCAUGUUCAGAGUCUGCUCAUGGCAGUCACAUGUUCUGUACUUUUGAACUUUAUUUUAAUGAUGUACAACAGCUUCCUCGGUGCCUGUGUAUUCUCCUUGUUCCUUUCGUUCAAUUCAUUGCCUUCAACUUUUGAAAAUUUGAUUUUGGUUAUUUGCUUAAAAAAAAAAAAACAUUUUUUUUAUCAUUAUACAGUAUUUGAACAGGGUAGAAGUUAGGCUUUCUGAAUGUAAUGUGUCAGAUUGCUAUACAGAUUCUGAUUUCACAAGUCCGGUACCUACAGUAUUCCUGUGUAGCUGGUUUCUGUUAUUGGUUUUACUCUAGGAUCUCAUAAGAGAUUCAGUUUGUGAAACAAGUAAUUGUCCAUCUUUUAUUACAUGAAGGGACAAAAUCAUUCUGGAUGAAAUAUUUGUACUUUAUGCAAGUCUAAACAAAAGUGGGACCAAAUAUCUCCCUAUAACGUGA